UUUGACAGAUUUUUUUAGAGUCAUGGAAGUUUGUGUUGAUUCUGUACAAUCUGCAAUCAAUGCGCAGCGAGGAGGAGCAACCAGGGUUGAGCUUUGUUCAAAUCUAUUUGAGGGAGGAACAACACCAAGCAUUGGUAUUUUAAAGGUGAUGAAGUUGAAGGUCAGCAUUCCAGUGUAUGUGAUGAUCCGUCCCAGGGGCGGAGAUUUCUGCUACUCCGAGGUAGAGUUUACCUGCAUGAGUGAGAAUCUCAGUGAACUAAAGAAGGCAGGAGCAGAUGGAUUUGUGUUUGGCAUCCUUAAUGAAGAUGGAACUGUUAAUGAGAACCUGUGUCGGUUACUAAUAGAGCUUGCAAAGCCACUGCCUUGUACAUUUCACAGAGCUAUUGAUGUAACAAGGGACAUAAACACAGCGCUUGAGACUAUUAUCUCCCUUGGAUUUGGUAGAGUUCUCACAAGCGGAGGAGAGUCGUCUGCUCUUGAAGGCCUGCCAAUAAUUACUGAGAUGGUGAAACAGGCGAGGGGCAGAAUAUCUAUCAUGCCAGGGGGCGGUAUCACAGAGCGUAACCUGCAUCGUAUUCUCGAGGGCAGUGGAGCGAAAGAGUUCCACGGAUCCGCCAGGUCAAGCCAAGAAUCCUGCAUGCUCUACCGAAAACCGGGUGUUCCCAUGGGAGCGGCCUUGACCCCUCCAGAGUUUAAUGUCAAGGUCACCAAUGUUGAAAAGGUCAAUUCAUUCCUGGACAUUGCUAAGAAUGUGUGGAAGAGUUAGCAUACACAUGUAUGCUAUAAUGAAGAAUUCAAUAUAUAUUUAUAUGUCCACUGGUAAUUACGGUAAGGAUGUGCUAUGACAAACACUAUUAGUAUAUUACAAUUUCUGUUUUUUUACUGCCAUUUUGGACCAAAAUUGAAAAAAAAACACAAUUUUUGGAACGCUUUUUUUGCCAUUUUCUGUAACUGCAAUCGGUCCGGCAAAGUCAAAAUUGGUCCAGAUCGGCAAAUUGUCAGUUUUUAGAAGCCCUGAUAUAUAUAAAUAUAUAUUUGAGUCAUGAUAAGCUUCUUUGUGAUUGGUCAAGAACAUAUGAUAUCUUAACUUAAAGCCUAAAUAAGAAAACUUUGUCUCAGGAGACUUUAAUUAUAUAUGUGGCUUAUACAAAUAUUUUAAUCACUACAAAAGACUUAAAUUGUCUCAUUUAGACCUUAUAUAAACCAUUUUAUCAUCAAUUUUAUGAAUAGUAACUUGUACAUGUAUUUUACUUAUUCACUUUAAGUUUUCUUAGUUCUAUAUUAAAUACAAAGAAAUAAGGAAGUAUUUGAAUAACAUAAGGAAAAUGAAUGUAUGUGAAAGUAGGAAUGCAUGUCCUUCAUGCAUUGUUAUGAAUUCAAAACAUCCUGUUAUACAGUAGUAAUUGCCAUAUCUGAUUUCAUGAACAAUUUUGUCUUUUUUUGAUGUUGAUAAUAUAUAUUCAUGCUCUUAUGGCAUGUUAAUAAUUUAUAAAUAUUAUAUGUAUAUUUGAUCUUUACAUGCAUACUAUUACUGGCUCAUUCUAUGUAAAUUUUGUAUUUUGAGUGAUGGCGGCUGUGCACUAUUUUGCAAACAAAGUGCAAUAAUAGACAUACAUUUCUUUGAACUCGAACUCUUGUUGUUUUUUAUACCUUACCUUAAUGGCUAGUUGCAUUUUGACAAAAUUUUACCAAAUUGCGCACUUUUGGUUAAAUUAUAAAAAUUUGCCAGUUGACACUUUCAUAUCCAUGGUAAGAUUGAUAAAAGCUCAGGACCCACCUAAAUUUCGUCCAAAAUGGCCGCCAAAAGCCAAGAUGGCCGCCAUCACACUUAAAUUUAUAAAGAGGAACUGUCAUCAAUGAAUAAGUUGUUUUCAGUGUAAGAUCACAAUAUAUUUCGCCCCAUGGACACCAUAAGUAUGAAACAAACGAGAAUAGGUGCAGUUAAAAUGUUUUCAGACAGGAUGACUUUUUUUUGGAAAUACACCCAUAUCUUGAUCACUGCCUUAAGUUACUGCAACAUAAAAUUGCUUAGUGAAUAAGUGCAGUUAAAAUGUUUUCUAGCAGGAUGACUUUUUUUCGAAAGACGUCGAUAUUUUUAUAAUUUGCCUUAAAUUUCUGCAACAUGAUAUCGCUUUUUGAA